AUGUCCAGAAACUCUAAACUAGCUGCUCUUGCAGAGCUCAAACGAACACGAGAGGGUGGGAAGCGCCAAUGGAAGGUAAACUCAAUAGUCAUAAUAGCGACGGGGAAUGCUACUAAAUACGACGAGGUGACGGAAGAUCAAUACAAGUCAGUUGUAGCUGGCAGAUUAGCGAAGGACGACUUUGUGGUCGACGAUGGGGUUGAUGGGUACAUGGACAACGGGAUGGACGACUUCGAGGAGCGGGACGCGUCUGAGGACGAGGAGGACGCCCGGAGAUCUCGCAAGGCAUCGAAGAAGAAAGAAGCGGAAAAGGCUAAAGCCAAAGCGAAGCCGAAGCCGCCGCCACCCGCCGCGCCGUCGAUCAGCGCGUACAGGCCAAAGAAGACGGAGGAGCAAGAGGAGGACUUUCUCGCGAGCAUCCUCGGCGGUCUCGACUCAGCGCCCGCAACAACCAAAGCAUCCUCUUCCUACGCAUCACGUGCGCGUAAGCGGCGAGCGUCUCCCUCGCCCGAGCGCUACUCGUACCGCGAGAGCACAUACAACGACGCCUCUUCCGAUGGCCCGCCUUCGGACGGCUUUGAUCUCGGUCUUGAUGCGGGCGCGUCUUCGGACGAUAAUAUUUACGCCAGUCCGCGUAAGAAACAUAGGCCGGACCGUUCUGAUGGGCCUACUACGGCUAAGCUGGGCGCUAUGCGUAUGUCUUUGCCUGAGGACGAGGACGAGUACGACUCUGCAUUCGCACACGACGAUAUCAGGAUGUUCAUGGAUGUCGACGACGAGCCAAAGCCGAAGCCUACGCCUGCUGCCAAACCCAAACCUGCUCCUGCAGCACCGAAGAAGAAAGAAGACACUGGUCCGCCGGCGUGGCUAUCCGUCUACGACUCGCUCACCGUCGCACCCGACGAAUCUUUCGGUUCCCUGCCAUCCAGCUCCAAAUCCUCCGCUUCGAUACAGAAAGCGGCCAACAUCAAAGCUCUCCAAGACGACGGCUCCUUCCGCUUCUUCUGGAUGGACUACCUCGAACACGACGGUGUUCUCUACUUCAUCGGCAAAACACGCGACGCCACCACAAACGCGUUCGUCUCGUGUUGCGUGACAGUGCAGAACAUGCAGCGGAACUUGUUCGUUCUACCGCGAACGCAGCAGUUGGAUGAAGAUGGGAACGAGACGGAUGUGGUGCCGGGAUUGCCGGACGUGUAUCAGGACUUUGACCAGGUUAGGCAGAAGGCUGGCAUCAGGAAGUGGAAGGCGAAGUUCGUGGAGAGGAAGUAUGCGUUUGGGGAGGAGGAUGCGCCGAGGGAUAGUACGAAGUGGAUGAAGGUCGUGUAUGGGUUUAACGAGCCUGUUAUCCCCUCGACGGUCUCCAGCCCGAACUUUUCCAAGGUCUUUGGCACGAACACCAACGCGUUUGAGCUGCUCGUGUUGAAGCGGAAGAUCAUGGGUCCGUGCUGGAUCCAGAUCAAGAACCCUCACGUUGAGCACAAAGGCGUGUCUUGGUGCCAAUACGAAGUUACGGUUGACGACCCCAAGGACUUCAAUCCUUUCUCCGAGUCAGACGACGACGCACCAAAGGAGGUCCCUCGUCUGACUAUCGCCAGCUUGAGCAUCCGCACAGUUGUCAACCAUCAAGAGAACAUCCGCGAGAUCGUCUGCGCGUCUGCUCGCAUCUGGUCCAACAUCAACAUCGACGACCCAACCCCGCCCGAGUCCCUCCCUUGCACAGUGCACACCUACGUUCGUCCCCUCGAGCGUUUCCCACCCAACUUCGAGUCUCUCGCCAAAUCGAACGUACAUGCAUCUCUUCCACUCAUGGUGCGUCCGGUGCACGAAGCGCCUGGACUGUUCUUCAUUUUUGGGCAUGGUCCGAACCUGGACAUCGUCAAGGGAGCGAAGGACGUUGACUACCUCCUCCAAUGGAUGCGCGAUGUAAUGAAGCUGACAGACCUCACUGUUGAUUCAGUAGGGUCUCUGUCUGAGUGGAGGCUGAACGUGCGCAUAUGCGAUAAGUUCCAGACUGGAAGGAUUCUGUUAGCCGGCGAUGUCGCCCAUCUUCAUAGCCCCGUAAGUGGCAUCUUUGAAGGCGUCUUCCAUGUUCUUACUCUUUAUCAGACUGGUGGACAAGGCCUUACCAGCGGCGUCAUGGAUGUGAGGAACUUGAGCUGGAAGAUUCCGCUCGUAUGCAAAGGCCUCGCUCCACCCAGCCUGCUCGACACCUACAGCGAAGAACGCGUUCCCGUGAUCGGCGAGAUGCUCAAGAUUACGACCAAGCUGGCCACUGCGACCUUCAAAGUCAACCCAGACCCCGACGCGUUCAAACGCCCCGCGAAUUUGGGCCAGCUUGGCGUUCACUGCCGCUGGAGUUCAAUCGCAUACGAUGGACUGCGUGUUGGUGAAGUGCAGUUCGAGAGCACGAACCUCGCGCCGACGAGCACGUACGGCGGUGAUGAAGGAACUCGUGUGCAAGCGGGUGAUCGUGCGCCCGAUGCGCCGGGUCUCGUUGGCACGCAGGGCGAAACGUCGCUCUUUGACAUCUUCCAUGUUGGCCGACACACGGUCCUCGUCUUCGACUCCUCUCGUGUCGCUGCUGUUCGCGCCGUAGUCGAGAAGUACCCUAAGGAGUGCGGCAUCGAUGUCGUGACGGUGCUGCCCAAGGGCUCGGAGAAGGAGGAGGCCGCUCUUGUCGACUGUCAGGGUCAUGCUGCUCAUGGUUACGGGGUGGAAGCUGGUGUCGCGGUAGCCAUUGUUCGUCCGGAUGGGGUCGUCGGCGCUCUCCUGAAAGCUGAGGAUGACGCCGAUUUGUACUUCUCUCGCGUCUUCUCUGUGUGA